AUGCGGCAAUCUAGAGAGGUAGACGAAAUCAGAGCCCGACAGAAUGCCCUCUAUGAGAAAAUUGUCGUCCCAUUGAAACGAUUAUCCGACGCCUACCGAGAUGACUGGGAUAUCCAAAGUCUUCCCUCGACGAACGCAACUGAGGCAAUUUCCUACCAAGACAUCUCAAACAAAACCAUUACUGCCUCGGAGUCUGCCAUUCAGACAGAUUUCACGGUUGCAAUAUUCUGUGCCUUGCCGCUAGAAGUCGAUGCAGUCAGCGCGCUUUUUGAUGGGUUCUUUCAAGAUUCUACCCUAUAUCAGAACGCACCAGGAGACUCAAACACAUACACCCUUGGUCGAAUGGGUCGCCACCACGCCGUUUUGGUACACCUUCCAGGUAUGGGAAAGAUCGUUGCAUCCCAAGCUGCCUCUUCUAUACGAUCAACCUAUCCGAACAUCAAGCUCGCCUUGGUCGUCGGGAUUUGUGGCGGUGUUCCAUAUAAGGAUGGACACGAGGAGAUUAUUCUUGGUGAUAUAGUGGUCAGUGAUGGGAUUGUCCAGCAUGAUUUUGGCAGAAGAGUUCCAGGGGCGUUUCUUCGCAAGACAUCUGCAACCGAUGAGCUUGGUCGGCCUAAUGUGGCGAUCCGAGGUUUCCUUUCGAAAAUCAAGACGACGAUGGCACGCAAGCGAAUUGGUAGCAAUGUGGAGAAAUAUCUGAAAGCUGUUAAUCAGACACUUGGCAAUGACACCGCCCGGUAUCCAGGGAUAGAGCAGGAUGAGCUCUUUCAGUCUACUUAUCAGCAUAAACAUCAUGACCCCGAUGCUUGCAUCAGCUGUGUCCAUUCUACCAAUAGCACAGUCUGUGACGAAGUGUUUGAUCUAUCGUGUCAUGAAUUGAAAUGCCACAAGGAUAAACUUGUUCAACGCAAGCGGCUUCAGGCUGCACUUACCCAAGGACAUACGCCUUCUCCCACGAUUCAUCUUGGUCUUAUCGCAUCUGGGGAUACAGUCAUGAAAUCUGGACAAGAUAGAGAUCUCAUCUCUAUGCAAGAUAAUGUGAUAGCUUUUGAAAUGGAGGGUGUAGGGGUCUGGGAUAGCCUACCCUGCGUGGUGGUCAAGGGGGUGUGUGAUUAUGCUGACAGCCAUAAAAAUAAAAUAUGGCAACCGUAUGCUGCAGCAAUAGGUGCAGCCUGUAUGAAAGCUUUACUAGAUGAGUGGUCGCUCUGA